AUGUCUGGGAAAGUAAGAAGAGGGGAAGGAGAUGGAUUGGGAAGUGAAAAAGAUAGUGAAGGAGAUGGUUUAGAAAAGGAAGAUGAGAGGGAAGGAGAUGGUUUGAGAAAGGAAGAGGAGAGGGAAGAAGAUGGUUUGAGAAAGGAAGAGAAGAGGGAUGGAGAUGGUCAGGGAAAGGAAGAGGAGAGGGAAGAAACUGAUUUGGUAAAGGAAGAGGAAAGGGAAGAAGAUGGUUUUGUAAAGAAAGUGGAGAGGGAAGGAGUUGGCUUGGAAAAGAAGAUGAGAGGAAAGAUUAUGGUUGGGAAAGGAAGAGCAAAUGGAAAGAAAUGGUUUGGGAAAGGAAGUGGAGUGGGAAAGGAAGUGGAGAGGGAAAGGAAGUGGAGAGGGAAAGGUAGAUGA